UCCAGUUCCGUCAGCAACGCGUAGGCGAAAUGGACGAAGCAACCGAACCUCAUCGAGAUCCCCCAGGAGCGGGAUGUGGCCCAGAUGAUAAGACUUGUACUGGAGGCGAAAAGAAGCCCUCUAAACAUGAACCCGAAUCACUCCGAAGUGAUAUAGAGGCAACAGCAGUUGAAGAAAAUGGAAAGAUGGAAGUACUGCGAGCAGAGCAACCGGCAUAUGCAAAAAUUUACCGAGUGACAGCUGAGUUCCCCCGGCUGAAUCAAGAUGUUCAGAAGACGCGAUAUCUGGAAUAACCAGAGGAAGAAGAAACUACAUUGAACAGGUUGGGAAUUUUAAAUUGUAUUAGGAAGAACGAUAUUUUACCGCAUCAUUAGAUGGCUCAUGCACAAAAAUGGACUUCCAACUAAUUUUUACAAAAAUGAAUGAAAUGAUCUCAGGCAACAACUGUCUAUUGAUUUGAAGUAUGUCUGACAACCCAGAUUUAUUUUUAUUCUCAAAAAAACCCUUAAACGAGUAUACGUAAAAAGGUGUUACAUAAAGUGAUGUUCACUUAAAAUAUCAUUGAAAUGUAAUAGGUAUAUUUAUUUUAUAUUGUUCUCUAAAAUACUUCAACGAUGUUUAAUUACUGUAUUUAGAGUGCACAUAUAGUAUUUAAUUUUCUAAAAAACAACUUACGUAUGUAUCAUUUAUUGAAAAAUUAUGAAACAGCAAUGUUUUCUCUGAAAUGUAUUUUUUCUACAGCUGCGUAAAAAAGGCCACUUUUGUGCAUCGCUAGCUGUACGUGAAGUUCGUCAUUUUUUAUAUCCAUUAAAAAGAUAUUGUUGCCAAGAUAACUAUCUUAUUACUGUGAAAAAAGUCUUUUUUGUAUGGUUUUCGAAUCCUCUCCUCUAAUCAUGAUUCUAUGAAAUACAUUUCUAUAUUGUCCAGGGUAUGAGGCUUUUUUCCACACAAGUUUACAAAACCUUUUGAAUUAUAUUUUUAUGCAGUUGUAGAAACAUUUUCAUACUUCGUUUGUACAGUUUCCGUUUCUUUCAUGGUCUCCACUGAGUUUUUUUGCCUCGACCUACGGUCUCGAAGAAAAAUCUGAAUCUCAACCGUGAACAAAACGGAAACUUUAAACACCUAUUUGAAAAUAACUAUUUUAAUUGUAUUUUUCAACGUAAAUACAUUUAGUACUGUAAUAAUUAUACUCUUAUUUGAGGGGUUCAUUGGUUUAACAUAAUAAAACAGACAAAUGUUUUGGCGAUGUAAGCAAAGAAAAAAAUUGGUUUAUGUGGAUUAAGUCUGUUACAUGAAUAUGUACAAAAUCAGGAACUAUCCAACAAGCUAUAUAUAAAUUGAACCAUUGAAGUGUGAUAAAUUCUAUGCAUAUUUCAUGCAGCACUUAUAGGAGACAAGAGUGUUAUGUAUUUUUAUUAGUCUAAGAUUGAGGUUUUCUCAGGCGCGAUAAAAAAUAAUGAAAAAUGUAAUAUUUUGGAUAAAAUUAUAAUCAGUAUUUAAAGAGAUUCUAUUUAAACUUGAAGUGUAUUCUAUUUGACAAAACAAGGGUAUUAGGAAGAAACAUCUAGUACUUAUUUUGUCUUCUUCUUCCAUCUCGAUUUUCCUUCUUCCAUUACAUUCGUUCCGUCGUGUCUUUUAUCAGUCCGUCUUUUCUUCGGCCUUCUAACAUUCCUUUUCCUCCUUCGGCAUAUACUUGAGAAUCUGUUUUGGUAAUCGGGUUUCCUGCAUUUAUUUUGUGUUAUUUUUAUUUUAUGCAAAUUAGUGGUAUAUUUAUCAUUGACAGUCUAGUUUUCUUUUUAGUUCAAUGUACUGAUUUAUCUCUGAAGAAAUGUCAUCUGAUUGUAUGUUUUAGAGGACAUUAAAAAGAGUUUCUCAGAAAAAAAAUGUCGCGUUAAUAAUAUCUUUAUAACACUGUCAGUGUUAUAAAGUAGCAUCAACACUAAUAGAAUUUUUUAUGUGAGAUAAUUUAUGCACUUUUUUCUUACUUUUCGUUGGUGUUUUUCUAAAAUCAAUAUUAUUCUUUUCUUUCCGAUUGUCCUUCCAACCGUCCGCCCAGCUCUUCAUGUCUGAACAAAACUAGAAGCUAAACCGUGCGUAGGUAGAAUUCUCGUCAAAACUAAUAUUGCCAGAUCGAACUAGCUAAAGACGCCACCUCUUGAAUUUCCAACAAAUAUUUAUUUUUAGGAGGUUGUCAACAUCAAGUCCCAACGAUAUUUUCAAAAUUUCCUCACAAAUAUGUCCAUAGUUUUCCUUUAUUUUUAUCAGAUGAGAAAAAUUCACGU